AGCAAGGAACUAAUUGAGCUCUUUGCGUGAAAACUUAGCUUUUUUAAAUACAUUUUAUAAAUAAAAUAAUAUUUAGAUUAAAUAAUUUUUCAUUAUAGCUGAUAAUGAUUUGAUUGGAUGAUAAAUUGGUUUAAUUGCAUACAUAAUGAGGAAUAUGAGUUUCAGAUUAUUUACUAAAGCUCUGCUGUUUUUCUGUGUUCAAGUAAUUGCUGUUGAUUAUACACUCUUAAAAGACACAACUCUAAAGCGUCAAAAGCGAGUUUUAGACGAUGAUUAUAUUAAUUUAAAUGAGCAAAAACCAAUAGAGUUAGCAAAAGACAAUAUUCCUUUAUCAAAGCUUACUACAAAUGAUGAAGUUUUUCAAGCUUUACUUCAAACACCUAAAGUUUCACCAGAUGAUAUCAAAGAACAGAGAUUAGACAAAAGAUAUGCUGACAAAGAGAAAGACUCUUUUGAAAAGUUAAAGGAUUUUUUUGACAAUGUUGAAAAGCGCUCUGUUGACGAUUAUGAUUCAGGUUUACAAAAUGAAUUUACAGGUGAUAAGUUAGAUGGUGAGCGCCCAUUUAAAUUAAAAAGCACACUAGAAGCUAUAAGCAUUGAUGAAGCAGAAAGCGCAAGUGGGAGUGGACUUGAGAAUGUUACAUAUGAGUCUGGUGAUGCAUGGGUUUCAGGAUCUGGUGCUGAUCCUCUAGUUAAGGUACACCAUUUCAGUUCUAAAAUUAAAAAAGUUCCAACAAGUAAAGAUCAAACUGAUGAUUAUAGUCCAAUACGAAUCAGCAAAAGAGAAAUUCAGGAGCGUUUUGAAGGGUUACCAGAGUCACUAGCAGUUAGUGAUGUUCGUCUUGCACGUGAAAAUCCAAGGGUGAAAAUUUUGAAAAAUGAGGCUGGAAAUAAAGUCUUUGAUGAUAUUCCUUUGCCUUUUAAUAAAAUAUCUGAGGAAACAAAUGAUAAUACUGAAGCCAAUUAUGAAGAAAAUAAUAGUCUCACUAAAUCAUUUAAAGAGAAUAGAGGAACAAUAGACACUGACACUAUAUUAAAAACAACAAGAUCAUUCAAACCUAUGCAUUAUAAAGAGUUCAAAACACUAGAUAUUUUUAAGCAUGAAUUGGGAGAUGAUACAUUCAAAAAUCUUAGGGUCAUUGAUGAACAAAAGGCUAAAAGUUUAUUUGAUGAUGUUGAAGGACAGUUUUUAAAUAGUGUUAAAAAAGAUGGUAUAUAUUAUGACAGCAGAUCAAAGAAAAUAUUGAUAAGUGCUCAAAUUAAUAGCGAAAAACCUUUUCAAAAUUCUUCAAUAUUGCAAAAAGAUGAAAUUCUGACUUUAAAAGAAAAUACCAGUUCUUCUAUGCAUCCUGCUUUAAAAGAGAAUUCUACUGUUGCAACUAUACCCCUGAUUAUUUUAAACACAAGUAAUAUUAGCAUAAAAGAAAACAAUAUCAGCUCAAUCAUUAAAUUACCUUUAGUUAAUGAAAGUUCUAUCAAUUGCACACUGUUUAUAAAUAAUUCAUGUUAUAUUUCUGAUGGAGUUUCAAAUAAAAAACUUAACAGUUCUACCGCCAUUUUACCUAAUAAAUCAGACAUGGUUUUAACAAAAAAAGAUAUAGAAGAAAUAUUUUCUUCAUUAGUUGCCAAGAAUCCAACCCCUUUGUCUGCACUAAAAAGUAGCAAGUUAGUAAGAGUUCAGAAGCGAGAAAUUUUGUCUGAUUUAGACCCCAAUAUAGCCAAAGAAAUGGGCGAUACUGGGAAACAAUUAGAAGAUGAAUUUAAAGUUAAUAACAAAAGAGAUAUAGAUAAAAAUGAAAAGGUUUUGUUUCCAAAUUCUUUACUUGGUAUAUGGUCAGGUUUAGGAACAGAACCUGAAUUUGUCCAUGGUCUUAUCAAGCAAGAUUUUGUUACAGAACAUGAGGAGUCUAAGUUGAAGAAUGAUGCAAAAGAUGGACCUCUUAAGUAUAAACUAAAAAAUGUAAAACUAACAAGAAAAAAAAAAUUAAAUCAAAAUAAUAGAAAAAUUCACAAAGAAAAAAGUAGGACAAAAUUUCAAUCAGAAAAUGUUGCUAAAAGUAAAAAUUUUCAAAAGCGAGAUUUUAUACCAUUUGAAGAGGAAGAACAAGAAGAAUCUAAACAUAUGGAAAUGGGCAGUCUUGGUUCAUUGAACAUGCAUGUACGUGAAAAAAGGGGAAUGUCGGUUAAUGUUAAAGAUGAUGAAGAAGAUAUAAAUUUAAGUAAAAAUCAAAAGCAAUUAAAUGAGGAAUCUUUUCGUCUACUUAAUGAUUCUAUUAAUCAUGCAACAAAACCCAGUGUUCAUGGAAAAGUUGUAUUUGCAUUUGAUGAAGUUAAGGAGUUGAUGCCAACCAGGCGAUUUUUUAGUAAGCAAGACCCUAAUCUAUCACCUGAACUCCUUAAUAUAGAAAAUUCAGUAACACAAAGUAGAUCUGAUAUUUCUUAUCCAUCAGAGCAAGAUAAGUCUCAUAAAUUGCAAAACAACGCACCUAAUUUAGUUUUUGAAAGCUUGCCGACUUCUACAUACUUUCCACCUCAGAAAACAUUUGAUCUUGAUAAAGAUCUUGCAGAUUCAAUGGUUUUAGAAGACAAACAACAUUUCCUUGCAGCAAUGCCUGUGAAAGUUGAGUUCUCAUCUAAUAAAAAUCCUCCAUUAACACAAGAAAGAAGCAACGUUUAUAAAGAACCAAAAAUUUUAAAUGAAAGCAUGAAGUCAAAGCUUCACAAAGUGCAACUAGCUCAAUUAAAAGCAAAUGAAAUGAGAAACAAAUACCAACAAUUGAUCAACUGGGAAAGUAGCAACCCAGCUGAAGUGCCAGAAUUAGAAAAAGAUGGUAUAGAAACAGAGAAAGAGCUUAAAGAAUUUGGUAAGCAAUUUGAAAAUACUGAUAUCGGAAAGCUUCAAGAAGCAGAAAUAAGAGCACUCGCUUCACCAUCAGCUUAUCAUAAUGCUGAAACUUCAGAUAUUGCAUAUUUAGCAAAAAAAUUGCAAGAAAAACAUUUUGAUGCUGAUACCCCUGAACAUAAAGCAAGAACAUUCAAUCAGUUGCAGCAAAAAAUAUUGAAUGAACAAGAACAAUACAAGCUAUUAUUGCAACAGCAACAAAAAGAAUACCAAGAUAAACUUGAUAGUAUGGCAUAUUAUGAUACUAUCUAUAGCAAUAAACCAUACGAGGUUUCACCUGAACCAUAUGAGGUUUCACCUGAAGUUCAACCAGCUGAUAUUCAAGAUGGUUCAAUGAUGACAGAGGAUUUAAGUAAUCUAUCCAAGUAUCCUUUUAACCGUUUAGUUUCUAAGAAACCUGACAGCAAACCUAACAAACAAUUUUCUAAAGAUAGUCCAUACAUUCUAUCAUUUAAAAAUACUCUGUUAAACAAUACUAGUCUAUUAAAUCGAUCUAAUAAUUUAUCACCAGAAGGCAGUCAAACCCUAAAACUUUUUAAAAAUGACCAAGAGAUGCCAGAUUUAGUUAAACCCAUAGAAAAUAAAAAUCAGAAGACUAGUCAAAAAGAGCUCGUGCAGAAAGAAGAUUUAAAUCUGACAUUUAAUUCAUUUGAUUUACAAAAAAAAUCUGUAAAUUUAGAAAGAAUCAAUGUAAAUAACUCAGGUAAUAUCUCACAUGACUUUCCUAUAUCACAAUCAAUACCACAACACUCAAUUUCUGCUGAUCUUGAUAAAAAUUCUACUUUUUCUUGGGUAAGCAAUACAUCAGUGCCUCAGUUAAACAAAACAGAACAAAACACUUUACCUAAUAAAGUCUUGGUGAUCUCAGGUCAGUUAGUUACUAACACAUUUACUACAACAUCUAUGCCAGUAGUCACUGUUGCUAGGAUAAAUUCAUCAAACUUAAAAUCUCUUUCUGAUGAAAAGUUAAGUAAUGUAUCAUACAUUGGUAAUGCUACAGUAGUCCUAACAAAUGUUACAGCUAACUACAAGUUUGAUAAUAUUUCAACUAUAAAUGAGACAAGUUCAAAAUUAUCUUUAUUGUCUUCAAACAACACAAAUUUGACUUCAUCCUCUUUAAAAGACACAAAGUCAUCACCAGUUCCUCUGCCUUUUCCCAUUGAUAUUUCUUACCAACCAAAAAGAUCCUAUAAAGCAUUGGAAAUAGAACAAAGAAUUGAUGGUUACAUUGGAUGCUAUAUUGACCAUUUAGAGCAAGGCCGCGACUUGCCUGUUAGAGCAGGAGUUCCAUUUGUUACUCCAAAUAACUGCAGAAGUGCAUGUAAAAAGACUGGUUACAGAUAUGCUGGACUUCAGUAUGGGUAUUUAUGUUUUUGUGGGAACAGUUAUGGCAAAUAUGAUAUUGCUCCAGACACUGAUUGUGAUACUGUUUGUUCUGGAAAUGAGACUCAUACAUGUGGAGGACUCUGGAGAAAUAAAAUAUAUAGCACAGAAAAUGUAGACGAAGAGCUUAAUGAAGGACCUAUUCCUGUUUAUAUAACUCCAAGGGAAAAGUACCACUUAAGAGCAGUCCAACCAGAAAUAAGAUCAAAUAUUCCAGAGAAACCUUUUAAAAGUCAAGUUUUGUCAAGUGAUGAUUUUAAUAAUGGCAUACCUCAACCUAUUCUUUCAACUGAAGAGGUAUUAAAAGCAACUCAAGAUGCAGAGAAAAAAGAUAUAGCCAAUCUUCAAAAUUUGAAUGUGUCAAUGAACAAAAAACCAAUUGAGCAUGAAGGUGAAACUUUGAUUAACUUUUCUUACCUUCAUCCGCAAAAGGAAACUGAAGAAGAAUUUCAAAACUCACCUCCUAUGCCCCUCAAAAUUGAACCAGGGACACAUCUAUUUCGAGGAGAAGUCAUUUUAAAACAGUCCUGGUACAGUGAUCUUGCCAAUCCAAAUAGUACAAAGUAUUUAAUACUGACAGGAAAUAUUGAGCAAGCUUUAAAGAAUCUAUUUGCUAAGGAUCCGAUGUUUCUUAAAGCAGAAGUUAUGUCUUUGAGGGAAAUUUCGCAUCGCAUGCCAAGAAAAACGUUGGUAGAUUUCACAUUAACUUUUGAAGAACACAAAAAAUCUCAGGAUGUAGCUCGUGUUCUAUUUACCCUGGUGCGAAAAACGGAGCGCUUGGAUGCCAUGCCUGUUUUACCAGCAUCAUUAAAGAUUAAAGAAUAUCUGUUCGAACCUUCUGUCCAAGCUUACAUUCCACAAGUUAUUGAAGGGAAUUUUACUGAAGAUUUUUCGAAAGAAAUACAGACCAAUGAAAUCGAUAAAAACUUAAACUCGUUCGAAACUACUUAUGUAAGUCCUGUUGUUACUUUAUCGGAGCCAAUGGUGUCUCAACUGUCUAAUACAAAAUUAGCUCAUGCAGAUGUUUUCAACGAGGAGAUAACCAGACUCUCGAAUCAUUCUUUUAAUCAACAAAUUCCAAAUCCUUUGAAGUUUCCAAAUCUCAAAAAUUUUCAAACCUUCAAUCCUACGUUCAGCCAAAAACCUGAAAAUAUUGUUUCUGUAAAUCGAGCUGUUUCCACUCGAAUUAUGCCGGUAAAAACUCGAAUUAUACCGGUAAAAACUUCCGGAGUGAAUGAGCUAAAUAAGUAUUUAGAAUCUCAAUCAAAAAGCGUUAUUGCUUCCCCAAAAAUGGUUGUUAAAAAUUCGCCCUCAAAUAAAAAAGUACCAUACGUAUUGAGAAUGUUUUUUUGGAAAGAUAUGUUGGCGCGAAAAAAAAGGGAAGAUCUUGACGAUCUUCAUCGAGAAAAGGUUAAAAAAACUAUUAAAUUUUCGUCUGCUUUACCAGUGAGAGAGCGACGUUCUGAAAAUGACGAGAUAAAAUUAUUUGAAGAUCAAAAUUCAAAUACACCUAUUAACGCACCCAUUAAACCUAAAAUCAAAGUUAUACGAGAAGCUCGUUCACAAGCUGACCAAUGGUCGACAAAAUACAAACGGGAUGUUGAUAAAUACAAACGGGAUAUUAAUAAAAUAAGAGCUCAUCCUGAAAAUAGUUUGCUUUUAAAACGUACUAAAAGAGUAGUACCCAGAAAAGAACUACAAUUAUUGCAAAAUGAUAAACUUGAAGACAAAGAUGAUUUUUCAACUUUGUUUCGAGAUAAACAAGCAAUACGCACUAGAAGACACGUGGUUAAAAAAGAAUUGAUUAGUGACGAUAAUCCUUUAAAAACAACUUAUGAUAAUUUUUCAAAUGAACUAGAAAAAGAACUGCAUCGAAAUAAAAGGUUCAAAGACGAAAGAUAGUAAUUGUAAAUAACUGUAAUACGCAUAAUUUUUUAUUUAACCUCUUGUAAAUAUUGAAAAUCUUGGUAAUUUUAAUUCAAGCUGUA